UUUGAACUAAAGACAAGGCGCCCUUUAAAGCUAUCCUUUCUGUCAUUUUGCUUUUCUUCAGAGGGUGUUGUUUUGUUAAAGAAUAGCAGAAGAUAAAAAUAAACACAUACAGGAGGAGAGAAGUAGAGAGAGGAAACCCAGAGAGAGAUUGAGUUAUCAAUGGAGGAUUUUGACAUCUCUUGGUUGGUCUGACCUUGUUUUUGUGUACAGGCCAGUCAAAAGUUGAAGUUCGAGAUGGACUUUGUUGAGUCUACAAAAGUUGUAUAUAGUAGAAUCCAGAAGCUAGAGCCAGAAAAUGCCUCUAAGAUCGUUGGGUAUCUCCUGUUGCAAAACCAUGGCGAGCGCGAUAUGAUCCGGCUAGCAUUCAGCCCGGACAAUGUGAUUCACUCUUUGAUUAACAAAGCUAAGACAUACCUCAGAUUAUCUUCAGAACCAACAGUUUCUGCUCCAAUUUCACCUCCUCGGGCUAACCCGGUACCCACUCCUGAUAUCUCUUUACAAUUCACACCAUUUUCGCCUGCUUCACCUCGCCCUUUUUCAUCUCCGGCCACACUUCAAGCUGCCAAUCCCUACUGGGAUCCCCAAAUCCCUAUUGAUCAUCAACCACUUCAGAAUUUGGAAUUUGGCCUACCGGCUUAUUCGGAUUCACUUGCUGAUGACUAUUGUCUCCAAAACCAACUUCGGGUUUUGUCCUUGGGAGAACAGUUUGACUCUUUUAAUUCAGUUGGUUCAGAUUUCUCUAGCAAUUUUCAUUAUCCGGAUCCUGCAUCGGGUCCAAGAAAUAGUCGGAGGUCUCCAAGCUUGCCGGAAUUCCCUGUCAAGGUUUGCCAUUACUUCAGUAAAGGGUUCUGUAAGCAUGGAAGUAACUGUAGGUAUUUCCAUGGCGAUCUCAUGCCAGAAAGCUUCUCUCAAAUGUUCAACCCAAGCUCAAAUGAGUUUUUGAAUGAUGAUCAUGUUGUCUCUCCUGGGUCCCUCGCAAAGCUAGAAAUGGAGCUUACCGAGCUUUUGAAAUCAAGGAAAGGAUUUCCUGUUUCCAUUGCUUCUUUGCCAAUGAUGUACUAUGAGAAGUAUGGGAGGACCCUUCAGGCUGAGGGAUACCUUACCGAGAGCCAGAGACAUGGCAAGGCCGGUUAUAGUCUGACAAAACUUCUUGCUCGAAUGAAGAACAGCAUUCGUCUCAUUGACAGCAGGCCUCAUGGGCAGCAUUCAGUAAUUUUGGCAGAAGAUGUUACGAAUUACAUGGAACGCAUUGGUGAAAAAAAUGACCAUGGAGGAAUUGUUGCUGGUUCUCGGCAGAUUUAUCUUACAUUUCCAGCCGAGAGUACUUUUACAGAGCAAGAUGUUUCCAAUUAUUUCAACAAAUUUGGGCCGGUUCACGAUGUUAGAAUUCCUUGCCAGCAGAAGAGGAUGUUUGGCUUUGUGACUUUUGUUUUUGCAGAGACGGUCAAGCAAAUCCUGGCAAAGGGGAAUCCUCAUUUCGUAUGUGGGGCUCGUGUCCUGGUGAAACCUUACAGGGAGAAGUCAAGGCUUGGUGACAGGAAGUAUGGAGAGAAAAUUCAGCACCCUAUGUACUAUGGUUCACAAUUUUUAGGUGAAGAAUCCGAGCUUCACUUAAUGCCCAGAGUUCGUGAUGAUUCAAGGACAGUCAGGAAGCAGCUCUUUGAAGAGCAUGAGCAUGCGCUUGAACUUGAGAGAAGGCGUCUUUCAGAGUUGCAAUUAGCGUCCAAGACGAUGAACCAUCACCCAUAUUUUGGCUACUCAAUGGAUGAUGUGAACUUUUCAGAAGCACGUGCAGAACAAGCAGAGUUCCGCUCUGCGGAUCGUUUCAGUUAUCUACUGGAUGUGCUGAAUAAUGGUUCUAGUGAUGAUAAAAUUAGGCAUAUAAGCACCAAUUACAAUGACCAGGACAGCAGUCAUGGACUUGAUCUUCCAGAUAGUCCAUUUGCAUCUCCAAUAAGGAGUGGCAUUUCAACAGUUAUAUAAAUAGAUUCAGAAACAAAGAAGAAUUACAGAGGUAGAGAACUGAAAUUGAAGACCACUUUGUGGGUUCAAUACGAUACGGACAUGCUCCUUUCAUCUUCUUCCUUUUUUUCACAUUUCCGCCCGACUAGUCUCUCGAUCAGUCAGCAGAUGGUUUUGUGUUCUUACCUAAUCAAAGCAGAAACAGCAGAUGGGUUUUUAUUCUCCCUGAAACUUUGAAGUGGAGGAGAUAACAAAGAAGAACGAUACAAAAAUCUAGUAUGUAACAAGUUUCUUAACUUUUCUUUUUCGGAUGUUAAAUCACAGGAAGCAAGCUAAAAGGGGCUUGUGGGUGUUUAGAAGAGAAUGUAAUUAUAUAGUCUGCUUUAGUUGAAGAAGAAAGGAACUAGAAAAAAUAUGCAGGAGUUAGAGAGUAAAGAAAGUGUAGAAAUCUCUGCACACAAAGAAACAGAUGCUAAAUAAUAGUUCAAAUUAUACAAAGUUGCAGCUUCAAUCCGUUUAUACGUUGGAUCGCUUGGCUAUUUUGAUUAUAUUUCCUUUAUUGAUUGAUUUAA